AUGGGCUGCCAGCAGACAGGAAGCCUGUGGCUCUUCCCGCGCUUCCCGGCAGGGAUGGGACAGAGAAGGCACCACGGUAAGAUGAGCUCAAUGAUAGCCCCUGGCCAUCGCUGCUGGGAGCCGGCCCGGGAGCAGGGGCCCCCCGCACUGACCCCUCUCCUGCCGCCCUCCCCAGGCAUCUACGUCUGUGCCAAGUGCGGCCAUGAGCUGUUCUCCAGCCGUGCGAAGUAUGAGCAUUCGUCCCCGUGGCCAGCCUUCACCGAGACCGUCCACGAGGACAGCGUGUCCAAGCGCAAGGAGCGGCCGGGGGCUUUAAAGGUGUCUUGUGGCAAGUGUGGCAACGGGCUCGGCCAUGAGUUCCUCAACGACGGGCCGAAGAGGGGGCAGUCCCGCUUCUGAAUAUUCAGCAGCUCGCUGAAGUUCGUCCCGAAAGAGUCAGAAAAAGACUUUGGGAGGCCGAGUUUAGGGCAGCACCCCGGCCACGACUUGCUGUCCUGCUUCUCGGACUGCGAUGGUUGCAAAGCAGACGAGGACCUGAAGGGGAAGUAA